UUAGGAGUAGGUUAUGUUGAAACGACAUAGCAAAGGUGGAGGAAGACUGAGGACGGAGUAAAAACUUUCUCUCUGACUAACUUUCUGGGAAUGCUCUGUAUUUUGUAUGGCUGAACAGGACAUCGGUUCUCUCAAAGGGGUUGGAUUUUAUCUACCGUUUUCGUAUUCUUUUUUGGAAACUUUUGUCGUUCAUGGACUUACUGUGUACAUACUUUAAUGUCUUAAUCGCUAGAAAGGACGUGGUCGAAGAGCAACGCAUACCUGUUUAUUAACUUACAACCAUGUCUAUGCUUCCAACGUUUGGCUUUACGCAAGAGCAAGUCGCGUGCGUCUGUGAGGUUCUCCAACAGGGUGGCAAUAUCGAACGUCUCGGGCGCUUUUUGUGGUCUUUACCAGCUUGCGAGCACCUCCACAAAAACGAGAGUGUUCUCAAAGCUAAAGCUGUGGUUGCGUUCCACAGAGGAAACUUCAGAGAACUUUAUAAGAUUCUCGAAAGCCACCAAUUUUCUCCCCACAACCACCCGAAACUACAGCAGUUGUGGCUCAAAGCGCACUAUAUUGAGGCGGAGAAGCUCCGGGGCCGUCCUCUCGGGGCCGUGGGAAAGUACCGUGUCCGCAGAAAGUUCCCACUGCCUCGGUCCAUAUGGGACGGCGAAGAGACGAGUUACUGUUUCAAAGAGAAGAGCCGGAGCGUGCUCAGAGAGUGGUACACGCAUAACCCGUACCCUUCCCCGCGAGAAAAAAGAGAGCUUGCAGAAGCCACCGGGUUGACUACAACACAAGUCAGUAACUGGUUCAAAAACAGACGGCAAAGAGACCGUGCGGCAGAGGCCAAGGAAAGGUACGAGGAAAACAACGAGAACAGCAACAGUCACAACCCAUUGACUUCUUCCAUGAAUGGAAAUAAAACUAUUUUGGGGAGCUCGGACGACGACAAAACGCCUUCAGGAACGCCGGAUCACACGUCCUCGAGCCCGGCUAUGCUCCUCACAUCAAACUCGGGAUUGCAGUCUCUGCACGGCCUUGCGCCGCCACCGGGACCCAGUGCCAUCCCGGUGCCCAGUGCAGACUCGGUGCACCACCAUCACUCUUUGCACGACACUAUACUGAACCCUAUGUCGUCUAACUUGGUGGAUCUGGGCUCCUAAUCAGCGGAGCCUGCUUGGACGGGGACUUUGUAUGUGUAUAUGGAUGUGUGAGACACGCUUCAGGCACUUGAGGCGAGGUGCAAAAGCGGAAGGAACGAAUGGACUCUUUAGGGGGCUUCUGUGAUGCGCAGCACGGUGAGACGUGAGAUGGUAGUCCAUAGAGUUUAGUUAAAAGGUAUUUUACCGGAAUGUAAUAACAUGUUACAUUGUUGAAAACAAUAACAAUAAAAUGUCUUAAUUCUU